AUGGCUUCGCGGACCAGCCAGCAACCGGUGGUGAUGACCAUCGCUGGUUCAGACCCAAGCGGAGGGGCCGGCAUCCAAGCUGACUUGAAGACGUUCACCGCACUUGGAUGCUAUGGAACAAGCGUGCUGACCGCGCUGACCGCGCAAAACACCACCGGCGUAAUAGAUGUGCAUGCUCCACCCCACAACUUCAUGUACAACCAACUGGUCUCCGUGCUCGAGGACAUCGAUAUUGAUGCCAUCAAGACUGGCAUGCUCUUCGACGCGGGUAUCACGCGCACCGUCGUGCGGACGCUUGCAUCUCACUUUCACGAGAAGCAAAUGCCGCCGCUCGUCUGUGACCCUGUCUGUGUCUCCACCUCCGGACACAAGCUGCUGCAGCCGGAAGCCAUCGAAGUCAUCGUCAGUGAGCUUUUCCCGCUCACAGCGCUGGUCACACCGAACAAGACCGAGGCCUCCCUCCUCCUCACGCACUGCGGUCUGCCGUCCAAGGUCGACGACCUAACCGACAUGAUCACCGCGGCGAAGAACCUCCAGUCCCUCGGACCCAAGGCAGUGCUGAUCAAAGGCGGACACAUCACCGUGACGCUCGCUGAAGUGGAGCAGUUGUCUAUCGCCCAACCCGAGGUCCGUGUCGUGCGCCAGGGCCUGCUCGGCGAGAACAUGGAGAUCCUCCAGUCUGUCGAGCGUGAUCUCACCACCGGGCCUGUGGUAGUGGACGUUCUGCACCAUCAGGGGGGCACCGUGCUCUUCGUCCGACCCCACGUCGACUCGACAAGUACACACGGAACAGGGUGCACGCUCUCAGCCGCGCUCGCAUGCGCACUGGCGGUCGACGAGGAUGUUGUUAAGGCAACCCAAACGGCGACGAUGUUCACCCAUCUCGGUAUUGAGAACGCAAUCCCCAUCGGACACGGUUUCGGCCCGCUCAACCAUCUCCACGGCAUCACGCAACGCAGCGUACCCAAGCCCACUCCGAGUAACCCACACCCGCUCACCCGCGCGCUGAUCGAAUCGACAGGGGACAUCUGGAAGGCGUACGUCCAGCACGAGUUCGUACAGCAGCUCGCGCGUGGGACGCUCUCUAGGGCAUGCUUCCUACACUUCAUUAAACAGGACUACCUCUACCUCAAGUACUACGCCCGGGCUUACGGCCUCCUUGUCGCCAAGUCGUCGUCGUUCAGCCAAAUUGACGACGCGACACGGACGAUCACCAAUGUCAUCAACGAGGUGUCGACGCAUCGCUUUUUCUGCGCACAGUGGGGAAUCAGCGAGGCGGAGCUGUCCGCCACUCCCGAGUCGCCCGCAACGACUGCGUACGGCGCGUACAUCCUCGACGUCGGGUUGCAAGGUGACAGCUCUAGGCUCGUGAUGGCGGUUGCGGCGUGCUUGCUCGGAUACGGUGAGGUUGGACUAUGGAUCAAGAGACAAGCUGCGCUGCCAGACACUUGGGUGAAGCUAGAGGGCAAUCCCUACCUCAGGUGGAUCGAGGACUACUCCGGAGAGCAGUACCAGGGCGCUGUCAAGCUCGGUCUAGAAACCAUCGAAGCUAUUGCCGUAGCGGACCCGCCGUCCAAAAGAAGGUUCGAAGAGUGGCAAGCGGUAUGGGAGAGAUGUACCCGCCUGGAGAAAGGGUUCUGGGACAUGUCAAUGGGGCUCCUGUAA